CUUCUUCAGAGUUUGGAGAAAUGGAUGAACGAGAGCACGCAGGGAUUUGUAUACUUCACGUUCGGCUCGAUGGUGAAGAUCGAGUCGAUGCCGCGCCAUUAUCUAGAAAUCUUCUAUAAAUCUCUAGCAAACAUAGCACCGAUUCGAGUGUUACUGAAAAUCGCAAAGCCGGACGAGCUGCCACCCGGCUUGUCGAGUAACGUUCACGUCCUCACGUGGCUCCCGCAGGUUAAAGUCCUCAAACACCCGAACCUAAAGGCAUUCAUCACCCACGGAGGUCUUAUGGGCACCCAAGAAGCGAUCCACUAUGGCGUCCCCCUGCUCGGUAUACCGUUGUUUGCUGAUCAAUUUACCAACAUCGAGACCUACGUGCGUCUUAACA